AUGACUGAUCGCCUUACCCAGCUGCAGGAUGCUGUCGAUCAGCUGGCCCAGCAAUUCGUUGCUGCGGUGCACUUUGUCCACAAGCGGCACGAUUAUCAGACGCUGGGACCAAACGACAAGGUUCGCGAGGUCAAGCCCGAGGAGAUGCAGCAGACUAUUGAUCCGCUCCCAGCCGAGGACUUCCAGGCCGGCCUGAGCGAGCUGUCGCGCGACCUUAUUACGAAAGAGCAGCAGAUCGAGUACCUCAUAUCCAUGCUCCCCGGCUUGCAAAAUAGCGAAGAAGAUCAGGAAAAGUCCAUCAAGGAACUGGAGGAGGACCUCAAGGCCGCCGAGGCACAGAGGCAGGAGGCGCUCAAGGAGAAGGAUGAGAUUCUCGCAGAACUAGACCGGGUCAUACAGAGCAUCCGCAGGCCAUGA